CUCACAUGUGAGUCAUUCGCCUGCAUUGAUGCCCAACCAGCGCUCCUUCCUUCAGUCUGCUGUCCGCCUGUGAAUUUGUUAGUUUGGUGUCUUUUCGCUGUGACUGGAUCGCACACCGGUGCCUGAAUGCCUCACAGGGACGAGUGACAUUAUAAACACACAUUAGAGAGAGAGAGAGAGAGAGAGCAAACCUACACACACGUAGCCUACUGAAAGAUGUCUGGGAUUCCGACCACAUCUGCGAACCCGCAGUCCGCAAAAAUGAAAAAGGACGAGUCUUUUCUCGGGAAAUUAGGAGGGACCCUGGUGCGGAAGAAAAAGUCUAGAGAAGUGAGUGAUCUCCAUGAGGAGGGGAAGCAUGCCAUCAACGCUCCUAUGCUUCCCACAGGGACAGACAUCCAUCCAGAGGACACACUGCUGGAGGAAAACGCUGAGAGGAUCAUGUUGGACCCAACAUCGCGGGAAAAUCUUAAAUUUAAAGAUCUUCUGAAGGUCCUGAUUGACUGGAUCAACAGUGAAUUGGAGGAAGAGAGGAUCAUAGUCAAAGACCUGGAGGAGGACUGUUAUGAUGGACAAGUGCUCCAGAAGUUAUUUGAAAAGUUGUCAGGCAGGAAGCUGAACGUGGCUGAGGUGACCCAGUCGGAGAUCGGCCAAAAGCAGAAGCUUCAGACAGUUUUGGAGGGCGUCAACGAACUGCUGCGGCCUCACGGCUGGACCAUUGAGUGGAGUGUGGACUCUAUCCAUUCAAAGAACCUGGUAGCGAUUGUCUAUCUGCUGGUGGCUCUCGCUAUGCACUUCCAGGCCCCCAUCAGACUGCCUGAGCAUGUUUCUGUACAGGUGGUGGUCAUCAAGAAACGAGAGGGCAUCCUGCAGACUGCUCUUGUGACCAAAGAGCUGACGAGCACCACAGAAAUGAUGUUGGGAAGGUUUGAGAGAGAUGCGUUUGACACUUUGUUGGAUCACGCACCUGACAAGCUCAACGUAGUAAAAACGUCUCUCAUCACCUUCGUGAACAAACACCUGAACAAGCUGAACCUGGAAGUUACUGAGCUGGAAUCUCAGUUUGCUGAUGGAGUGUACCUGGUAUUGCUGAUGGGUCUGCUAGAAGACUACUUUGUCCCUCUGUACAACUUCUUCCUCACCCCUGAGAGCUUCGAACAGAAGGUCCACAAUGUGGCAUUUGCCUUUGAGCUGAUGCAGGAUGGAGGCCUGAAGAAACCCAAAGCCAGACCGGAAGAUGUUGUCAACCUGAACCUCAAGUCCACCCUCAGAGUCCUCUACAACCUGUUCACCAACUACAAAAACUCUGAGUGAACUUUUCCAGUUUCACCCCCUGAUAAUACUUUGAACAUUGCCCUGUGCCUGUGCUGAUAUUAUGCAUUUCAGUCUGAACACUGGAGGAGACCAACUGGGACUGAAAGUCAUCAUUAUGUGGGACUUAAAAAGACCCAUGGGGAGUAGCCUGAAAAAGGCUCUGAAUGUUAGUAUUUAAUCUUCCCCAAAUGUCAGUAUUUAUUUAUUCCUUCCUCGAAUGUUAACUGCAACCCAGGAAACCCUGCAACCUUUAGCCUGCAUUUGAAUACACAGCCGUCACGGGAAAAAUGAAUGAGGGCAGAAUGUUAAAACUAGAAAUGUGUGUGUCAAACCCAACUCUCCAUCACAGAAUAUUUAAGAAAGUUGAAAAUGCUGUUAUACAUUAUAUAGUAUCUGAAAUUGCUUUGUGUACAUAUUAAAAGAGUAGUUCAACAUUUUGUGAAAUACUCUUCUUGCCAAGACUUUGAUGAGAAGAUCGAUACCCACUCUCAUGUUGACAUGCUAAAUAUUAAGCUAACGUUAGAGCCAGCAGCCGGUUAGCUCAGCUUAGCAUGAAGACUGGAAACUGCUAGUCUGGCUCUGUUCGAAGGUAACAAAAUCCACUUGCACACCUCUAAAGCUCACCUAACACGUUAUAUCUUGUUUCUUUAAUCCGUUUUUAAAACCAAAGUGUAAAAACGACAAGUAACUACAGAAGCAGCUGAGAAAACAUCGUUAAAAUUUUCAGGUUGGACAACAAACUGCGCACCAAAUAUAAAGGUUGUGGUACCUUUUUUUUAAUACUUUUUAAGGCUGAUUAAUUCACCGAUUUCUACCGAUAGUUCCUACAUGAAACUGCUUACAACAAAUCUGUGGAUUAUCUUGAGUAACUGUAUUUCUUUGGCGCUUUGAGCAUCACAAGCUGAGUGCCAUAUAGUCCCAUUAUAUUAAAGAAAGGCAGACAUCUCUACGGCCGAUAUCUCCAUAACUCGGCAACUCACACCAAAACAAUCUAGAUGGAUAAAUAGCAGAUAGUUGGGUGGUAUCGGUCUUCUCAACUAACUCUCGACAAUGAAGCGAAUAUGCAUAUUUCCCAAAAAUGUUGACCUAUCCCUUUAAGAAACCUGAAAAUGCUAUGUAUUAUAUAUUAUAUGAAAAUGCGUUGUACACUUACUCUUACUAUAACAUAUACUAUUUUCACUUUUCCUCGACAGCUGAAAGAACUGUGAACGGUUCUUGUUUACGCUGAACUAUUCACCACAUCUCAAGCCAUAUUUAAAAGCUGUUGCCUCCUGCCUUAAGUGCAGUGUGCUCUCGCCGUCCCGGGAGAGCCUCAGUCAGAGUAUCUUUGUAUUGAACGGCCCUUCAGAUGAGUCUCCGAGGAGGCCUGGACCUCUCGCUGCUCUCCUGCUGGCUCCCGCGGUGCCACCUGGAGACCUGCUGAGAUGUACAGUGCACAACUACUCAUCCAUUUUAGAGCCGGGCUGAAUUAUUGAGAGAGUGGCUAAGUCAGUCUAAACUGCGCUUGCGCUGGAUGGCUCUGUGUGUUUUUUAUCUUGCUUAUCAAGAAAUAAAUGCCUUGGAAUCAAA